UUUAAUCAUGAUCUUUAUAUUAAAAAUUAAACUGAAUAAAAUGUUGUCUCUUACUUAUUCAAACUUUAAGAAAAUGUAUUUUACGCGUGUUUUCGGUUUAACUGAGGGAGAAUAAAAAGCAGUAGUGAAGUUUACAGUAUUUCAUCGGGAAAGUGGUAUGGCAGGCGUCUGCAAUUUCAACACAAUGUAAACAAUCUCUAUGUAUCUACCGAAGUAUGCUAAUUACCCAAUAUUCUUAGAAAACCCAAAACUAAUUCAAGAAGAGGCACUCUUGUAGUUUGAAUGUUUUUGUGACUUGCUACGUGAUCGCUUAUAGGAUAACGCUUGACGACUGAAGAUCGCGGCCGCGCUGUUGGGAUGUAAACAGUGCCAGGAAGAGGAUGCCAAAUAGCCGCUGAGUGGCCGCUGACCAAAUUGUACAAUGACUCUCAACAUCUGUUCCUUCGGCUUUCAUUUCAUUUGUUUUGUGAUUAGGUGAUUCCAAGCCGAUUUUAUUUUAUACGAAUUUUGUGCAUUAUUGCAUGAAGAUGAACAUACCAAAAAGACGGUGAGCUGAACAAAUCUCGUUAUUUGGAAUGAGUGGAAGGCGGGUAGGGGGCAAACCCGUCCCGGAAUAUAACAUUGUGCUCUUGGGAGACCUUGGGGUUGGAAAAUCAGGUUUCCAGGUCCUAACCACGCCAGGAAAGAUGCUAUCGAUUCCAUUAUCUUACAAAACUUGGGCCCUUACAGUUAAAUACAUAACCAGAAGAUUCAUCAUGGAAUAUGAUCCUUGCAUAGAGGACACUUACACCAAACAAGAGGAUAUAGACGGGCAGGAAUUGUCGGUGCACGUGAUGGAUACGUGCGAUAAGGAAGACAGUGACCCCCAUAGAUAUUUACGCUGGGGAGACGCCUUUAUGGUUGUGUAUAGUAUCACAAACCGAGACAGUUUCCAGACUGUCCGUAAAUACUUAGAAACCAUCUCACAGUUCCUGAAGGCAGCUAACAAAGAUCUUCCAGUCGCCAUUGUUGGAAAUAAGAUUGAUCUUGAAAGAUACAGACAAAUCAGCAAAGAGGAGGGCGCUAGCUUAGCAGCAGAGUAUGAAUGUCUGUUCUUCGAAACAACAGCAGCAGAAGAAUUUGAAUACGUGGAGGAUAUCUUUCAUGGUCUCGUACACGAGAUUCAACGAGAACGAGGCGAGAAACACAUCCAUUUUCAGCCUCUCUUCAUCACGGAGGAAAAGUUCCAGUCCGCUCAAAGAGGAGGUCGUCCUAAAUCGCCCCGGUCUCCUGCUGACCGGAAAGAGGACAAAACGGGAAGCAAGAAAAACAGUUCUAGUUUCAAGUUAUUCAACAAAAGCUUUAAAAUCUUUAAUUAGUAAACACAAUUAUAGGUUGUGACACAAAGUUUGGAUUGUGUUUAAAACAUGAUAGAGGUUUGCUAAAAUCCCCUGAUAUUUAUGAUGUUUUGAUGUAUUUACAUUUAAAAAUGUAUUUUUAAAGUUAGCUUUACGAAAGAUCAUAUUCAUCAUUAUUGAUUUGUAUCAUAGUAAUCAUUAUUAAUUCCAUAUAAAGAGAUGUGAUUAUUUUUUAGCUAAGUCAUAUUCUAGUUGUUGAAAGUAAACACAUUUAAAAAAAAACUCUCUAAAUUUAUUAUAUCCAAACAUUUAUCACUGCGAGUUUGACAUUCAUCACUGUGAGUUUGACAUUCAUCACUGUGAGUUUGACAUUCAUCACUGCUAGUUUGACAUUCAUCACAGUGACUUUGACAUUCAUCACUAUGAGUUUGACAUUCAUAACUGUGAGUUUGACAUUCAUCACUGUGAGUUUGGUAUUUUUGAGGUCUUUGGAGUUUUAAGAACGCAUAUUGUUUGAUACUGUUACUGAAUAUUAAAAUUUAGCUUAUA